CUCGGAAAAAACAAAUACGCGAGUGUGUUCAUCAGCAGGAGAAACUUCCCGAUGAUGAAAUAAUAACUAGACACUCGAGCCUUUCUAUAAAUACGCAAUUAGAUUUGGGAAAACACGCACUCGGCACAUGACGACAGAAACGAGGGAGGAAAUGACGGGACGAGACACAUAAACAGCACCGCAAUGAAACCACAGGACACUAUGAAUGAAAAGACGAACCUGUGGAUUUUCGGAUAUGGCUCCUUAGUGUGGAAACCCGAAUUUACAUACAAGAGGCGCACAGUUGGCUUCAUCAGAGGAUACAAACGGCGCUUCUGGCACGGAGAUAAUUUCCAUCGAGGGGGGAAGGAAAAGUAUGUUUUUUUUCAUUGCCCGUCUCCUCCACAGCCAGGUAGAGUGGCCACACUAGUGGAGGAUCAGGAGUCCUGCACAUGGGGAGUUGCCUACGAGGUGACUGCCUCCCAGAUCCAAGAGUCCCUCCAGUACCUUAACGUGAGGGAGGUCGUGUUGGGGGGUUACAUGACGGAGACGGUGGAGUUCACCCCUAAGGAGGAGGGUCAGGGCGCCCUGUCGGCCCUGGUCUACAUCGCCACGUCCGACAACCCCAUCUACCUCGGCCCGGCCCCGGACCAGGAGAUCGCCGCCCAGAUUGCCUCCUGCAGGGGCAACACGGGACACAACACGGAAUACCUGGUCCGCCUGGCGGAGUUCAUGAGGCGCUGCUGUCCCGAUGCGGAGGACGAGCAUCUCUUCUCCAUCGAGGCGGCUGUUCUGAGCAUUCGUGAUGGCGCCGCCUGAACAAAAGUCCCUUCUGCCGGGGGGGGGGGGGGUCCAUGAGGCGCCUCCAUCACGCUCCAGUGUUACAGUUGUUAAUGUUUCAGGUCAAAGGGGAAUGAGCUUGUAUUGAUUUGCUUUCAAGGAGGACAUCCCCUGUUUCCAGGGCGUAACAGAACCUCACACAGUUGUGGCCUUUUGACCUUCAGGACUGAAAUUGACGGUUGAAAACCAAACAUUUGUACCGUGUACAUUCACACAUAUUAAAAAAACAACAACCUGAAAUCGGCAUUGAGCAAUUGGCGUUUAUAAUGAAAUGCUUCAUCCCGUUGCUGAGGAACGUACAGCUGUAAACGAGACGUGGCAAGAACCGGCCACGGUUCCUUAAAGCUCAAACUCCUGUUGUUCAGCCUUCCUCAAACACUUCCAAACCCCGAAGUUCUCAGGUACAACAAAUAUGCAGGAAAAUAUCUGGAAUAUAUCUACAUUUGAUGUAAAUUAAGUAUAAAUCAUGCACCACUAGAAUAAGAGUGCAAACAGUGACCGCCUGCAUGCUGCUAUAUGUGUAGGCAGAGGGCAAAGGGGCUACAUUGAGAGGUGGGGGGGCUGCAGAUGGAGUUUCUUUGACGUUGAUCACGUUUCAAUAACGUGUGCACAUGCCACAUGUCAGGACCGUGGAUUAACUUGCCCACAUGCUUGGUAUGUGGCUCACCGCUCAACGGUCCGAGAAAGCAUCCAGGCACUGGAAAGAACGCUUUAUGGCUCUGCCUCUGAGAGUCUGUUCUCUGCUCGGGCCAAAAUCACACCGCGUUCUCCGUGCCGCCUGAGACGCGGCGUUUUGUUUCCAACGAGGCUAACGAGACACGCAGGCGGAGAGGGAUGAGUCAACAACACGCACGUGUCCGCGGCUUCAGAUAACAUGUCAUAAAACGGUGUUGUAACAUGUAGCGCCCAACAAAAUGAUCUCGUCUCCUGGUACAAAUUCUAUUUUCUCUCAUUCAUUUGUUGUUGCCAGUGAAGGUAUCCACUAGGUGGAAACAUUAAAAGGUGAUUAAAGCUGUCUCUGAUUAAACAAUACAGUUAGCUUGUUCAAUAGUAACGCUAAUCCUUUACGUCAUGAAGGCUGUUUUAAAUGUGGACAUGCAGUCUGGAACAUGUUUUUUCUACAUGCAAUCUAAGAUCAAUUAUGUUGCAUUAGAGCAUUUUGAUUUACUGCUCUGUCAUUUGGAGUUCUGACAAUAAAGAUUUGAGUUGAUCAA